AGUGACCAAUCCUUGGAAAUACUGGACAUUACUGGUCAUUUAUUGUAACAUCUGCUAUUUACAUCUGUAUGUUUGCUAUAUGAAUGGUGAUACAAUAUUGUUUCCUUGCAAAUUGGUCACUUCCUCUCAGGAAAUUGACAAGACUAAUUUUACACAUUAAGUCCUGGUGUUUAGAUGAAAUUGUUUUUUUACAUGAGUCAAAAGAGUUUGUUGAUUGGAAAAUAGUUUUGAAAGAUAAACUAGAUUAAGUGAUUAUGAACGUUCAGCUUAUAUUUAUAUGAUCUUACUAGAAAUGGACGUUACAUAAGUGAAGUACAAAUAUUAUUGUGAAAGGAUAUACAAGAAUCAGGAAGUGUUUGUGUAAAAUGAAAGUGUGUUUUAAUUAAUUGAAUAAUAAAAAUAAAGGACCUGAAAUUCACAUGGAUAAAAUGCAUCAAUUUGAAAGUCGUAGUUUUCGACAAAGGAAAGUGCUCACAUUACAAAAGUUAGAGAAAAAGAAACCGUUUAGUCGUUCUUUAUCUUUAAUAAGUCGGAUUAGGAAUCUUUGGUCCCGGUCGGAUAGUUCCUCACAGAGAUCACCUGUUCCCACAACAAACAUUGCUGUUACUCCGCCAAAGUUAAAGGAAGAACACGACAAAAAUCAUACAUUGCCUAGAAAUGCCAGAUUAGGUAUAGUACAUGAGAAUCCGAGAAUAUUAUCUGAUGGAGAAAGUGAAGAAAUCUCAAUCACAUCCAAUCCUGGCAGCAGGGAGGACGUUGUCUCAGCAGUUAGAAUGAGGAACCGACAAAGAAGAUAUAGCCAGGAGGCAAACAAACGCCUGUCUCUUCCAGCUGAUAUGAGACUACCAAGCCAUAGGUCUAGAACAAACCUAAGUAGUCCAGAAGGUCAACUGAGUCGACGGUCAAGAAGGAAGUCUCUUUCUGAAAUUGGAUUUGGAAAGAUAGAAUCCUACACGAAAUUAGACAAAUUAGGAGAGGGAACAUAUGCUACAGUGUUCAAGGGUAAAAGUCGACUAACAGACAAUCUUGUAGCUCUGAAAGAAAUACGACUAGAACAUGAAGAAGGAGCACCAUGUACAGCCAUUAGAGAAGUCUCAUUACUCAGGGAUCUGAAGCAUGCAAAUAUAGUCACCCUCCAUGACAUCAUUCAUACAGAAAAGUCUCUCACUCUAGUCUUUGAAUAUUUGGAUCGUGAUCUCAAACAGUAUAUGGACGACUGCGGUAAUAUAAUGAGUAUGAAUAAUGUAAAGUUGUUUUUAUUCCAAUUACUACGAGGCCUUGCAUAUUGCCAUAAAAAACAAGUGCUACAUAGAGAUCUUAAACCACAAAAUCUUCUAAUUAAUGAAAGAGGAGAACUUAAAUUAGCAGAUUUUGGUUUAGCCCGUGCCAAGUCAAUACCUACUAAAACAUAUUCCAAUGAAGUGGUCACAUUAUGGUACCGACCACCAGAUGUAUUACUAGGUUCUACAGAGUAUUCUACUCCAAUAGAUAUGUGGGGAGUUGGUUGUAUAUUUUAUGAGAUGGCAUGUGGUCGGCCAUUGUUCCCAGGGUCAACAGUAGAAGAUGAACUUCAUUACAUAUUUAAAAUUCUAGGAACACCAAAUGAAACUCAGUUCCCAGGACUUAGUAAAAAUGAGGACUAUUUGUCUUAUAACUUUCCUUUCUAUAAGCCAGAACCACUUAUUAAUGUAGCACCAAGAUUAGAUGGAGAUGGUUUAGAUUUGUUAUCAAAACAUUUACUGUAUACAGCUAACAGAAGGUGCUCAGCUGCAGAGGCUAUGAAAUAUCCUUUCUUCAACAGUUUGGGACCAAGUGUACAUAGGUUACCAGACACUGUAUCUAUAUUUACACUACCUGGUAUAAUAUUACACAAAGAUCCUGGAAUGAGGUCCUCAUCAUUAUCAUCUACAGGUAAAAUAAGAAGACAGAGUAUGCUGUUUUGAUCCAUGUGACAUGAUUAGAUUAUGUAUUUAACUGAGCUUGCUGUUUUAAUCCAUGUCAUGUGAUUAAAUCAUGUGACUGACAUGUGAUACAUUUCAUGUGAUAAUCAAAGCAAAUAUUUCUUAUGUGCAAACCAGUGCUUUUGAAUGACAAACUAUACAUAUGAUAAUUGCUGUUAAUUGAUUUUGUAGUAUAAAACUAGUGUGUGCAUGCUAUAAUUACAUUUUUAACCGUAUUUUCACAGGAAAAAUUGGUUAUUUACUAGUUACCUCUCAUUUUUUAGUUAGCCAUAUUUUCAAAGGAAAUAUUGUUUAUUUACAAGUUACCUCCCAUUUUUAAGUUGACUUAAAAAUGAAAAUUAAAAUAACACAAGGUCUUGUAUUUUUAUUUUAAAAUUUUUACUUGUCAAACCAAAUAUGAAACUAUAUGAAUUUCAUCGAUAUUCAGAAUAGAGUUGUUAGUAGAGUAGCAUACCCGUAGCCAGGGGGGUUCGGGUUGAAAACUAAUAAGGACUGUUAAAGUCGAUGUUCUGUUCGAAUUGUGACUGUUAAAGUCGAGUUUGUGAGUCAAACGAACCCCCCUUUGAAAAUUCCUGGCUACGGGCCUGAGUAGCCAAGAUCACAUUAGUUUAAUAAAAAUACCAUUUUGACAGUUUUCAGUACCAUGUAUAAGAUAGUAAUUACAUGUUGAUUGCUAUGCUGGUUUUCAAAGAUAACAUAUUUUAAAGUUGGACAGUAGAUAUAUUUUGUAUUUAAUGAAAUAACAUAUCAUGCUUGGUGCUUUUCAUAUAAUUGCAAUUUUUUUAUGACAGAACUUUUUUUUGCUUUAAGUGCUUUAGAAUAAUAAUACUUUUUUUUUAAUAAUGCACAAAAUCAGUCAUUUUAUAAAUAAGAUUGUGGACAAGCUCUAACAUAAUAAUUUUGGAGUUCUUAAUUUUUCUACUCACUGCAUUAGUGAAAAGAUUUGUUAAUAUUCUAGAAUAUAGUAUCUCAUAUAAAGUCAUAGUAUACAUAAUAAUUUGAAAGUGCUAAAAAAAGAAAAAAGUGUCCCAUGAAGAUUAAUUUGGAAUGAAAGUUGUCAUGAGUGCUUAUUUUGUUUUUAAAGUUUACAUAAUUAAUGAAAAUUUAAAGAAAUUUUAAAAGCAUGAAAGGCUUUAUUUAUUAGGAAAGCUGAGUCUUACAGACUUAUCAUUUUCAAUAGAAAAAAUUCUUGUAGCUGCCAUCUUGAACUUCAUCUUCAUUCAACCAUGUAACAAGAUGUAACAAGUUUGUUUAACUCAGGCAAACAUUUUAAAGGGUGUUAUUAAUUAUUAUAAUUCUUCUUGAUGUGUAUAUUGAAAAGAAACCACCGAUUUUUCAUCAUUGGUCAUUUUAACUGUGCCAUGUGAUGUAUUUGUUCAUUGUAUUGUAAUGUAAGAUUGUAACAUAAAUUGUAACAGUUGAUGACAUAGAACACUACAAAUAAUGACAUAGUACACUACAAAUUAUGACAUAGUACACAUAUUAUGACAUUGAAGACACUAGCCUAGUGUUGCAUGGAAUAGUUAACAAAACAAGACAAUGUUUGUAUAGUAUUUUUAUAAAUAAGUUUAUAUUAAACUUUUGAUUACACCAAUGAUCAUAAUUGUUUACAACCCAGAAUAAUGGGAACAAUUUAUACAUUGCUUUCAGGAGUUAUUCUAAUUGUUGAUUUUUCCUCUGAGUUCAGUAUUUUUGUGAUUUUACUUUUUACUGAGGUUUCAUAGCAUUGUUCAGUAGUAUUUGAGAUGUUUGAGGAAACUGUCAAUUUAAAUUUACAGAAAAAUACCCUUUUUUGGUUGAUUUUGUAAAGAUAUUUUUUUUAUUUUUUUUUGGUAAACUGAAAAACAUUGGGCAAUCGAUAUUGCUAUCACUGGUUUGUCUGUGUAAUUCCAUCUUAGAAUGAAUGAUUAAUAGCUAAUUAAAAUACAGUUUACAGAAAAGAAAUAUUGUAAUAACAAUAAACUUAAUCCUGAAAAACACUUCAAAUUUCAAAAGCUGUAUUCAGGACAAUUCUGACAUAAAUGAAAAGUGUAGUAUCACCUAGGUAACAUCACUUCACAGAUAUUACAGGAAAAUUAUAAUUAAUAAUGAAAUUCUGUAUAAACACAACUUUGUAGUUAUACAUAACAUUGACAUUUUAAUGUAGAUCUCACUUAAUAAAAUAGAAUUAUAUUAUCAUAAACAUUAAGUUGCUCUUUCUUAAUAAAACAAUGUGUGUACAUAUAAUUAUCCAGCUAGCUAUAAGAUGUUUUGAAGGUAUACCAUAUAACAGCUCCAUCUGUCUUGUAUGGUCAGUGGUGUAGCUAUAAGAUGUUUUGAAGGUCUCUAUAUCAUAUAACAGCUACAUCUGUCCAUCUGUCUUAUAUGGUCAAUGGUGUACAUAUGUGGUCAUCUCACUGUUACUUAUAAAUUUAUUAUAUAUUGCUAUAAAAAGCUGAAAAUAAAGCCACAGUUUUGUACUGGUUUUCUUUUCCUUUUACCUCGUUUAAGAAAUUAAAAUUUGUUAUACCAUCUCAGAGGAUUGACACUACCACAGUACGACCUCCCUUCUUUUUUAUGUUUACCUCAUUUUGUGUAAAAACUAUAUGGGAAAUUUUAUUUUUUUAAACCAUCUUAAAUGCUUGACACCCGUCUUAUCAAGAUAGCUUAGGAAUACUCACAUCAAGUGAUCUUGGUUUAGUUUAUUGAUAACUGUCUUCCAGAAAAAUGAAAACACAAUGUUUAUGGCAAUUUAAUUGCCAAAGGGACGCUUGAAAUUUUUGGAAAUAAUUGUUCUUCAAAUUUCAGAUUCACCAAUAGCAUUUCAUUAUGAUUAAAUUACUGAUGUUAGAAAAUGCCAAGUCUCUUUGUGGUUGACAGACAGUUGCAAUUAUCUUUUUUCCAAACAUUUUAUGCUUGCAUUAAUGGUAUAUUAAUAAUUCAAUAGUUCAAUGAUAACACAAUAUUUCAAAAAAGCCAGGAAAGAAAUAUAUAAUGUUGCAUUAGGAAAAUUUUUAAACGUCUACAAAAUAUAUGCUUACUAGUAUAUUGCCAGUGUAUCUUUUGAAUUUGCUUAAUAUAUAAUGAAAAGGAUUUUUUUUAUCAUUUUCUGAUGAGUAUUUGAUUUACUUAAUAAUUGAAAAGAUUUUCUAACAUUUUUAAGAAAGAACUUUUUUAGACAGAAAUAAGAAUUUUGUAUUGUAGCCCAGAAAUUUUGUACCACAACUUUGUAUAAUUUUGUAAAGAAUGUGUAUAAACGUACUACUAAUUUAUUUCUUCAGUAUUUUGUAAAUGUGACCUUUUAUAGGCUAUUUGAAAAAAGUUGAUGUUAUUUUCAAUUUUAUAUUAUCUUAAAAAAAAAUAGGAUUCUGCAUGAACAGAAAUUGUUUUUUCCAUAUUCAGGUUAAGAUUCUUCAAUUAGGACUUGAUUCCCCUUGUAAUAUAAAAAAAAUGCAUGUUUUUGAGAGAUAUAUUUGAAUUUUUAUCUGAAUUGCUACAUAUUUAUUAAUUUUUACCAGAUUUUAUCUACCUUCUUAUACCUAUCAAGUUGAUUUUUUGCAGAUUUUAUAAUAAUAAUUUUCAAAAAAUUAAAUCACAAAUUGGUAUGCCUAAAAAGAAAAGACAUUGCUCUUAGAAUUAAACAUGUCUAUUCAGUGAACUUUGUGUUGAAAUUUAAAUCAAAUUUAUAAACAAAAUUAUUUUUCAUUAUAAAACCGGUACAGAGUUUUAUUAAAUAUCUGAUUCAGUAUUAAUUGUGUCAUUAUUAAUAGUUAUUUUUUAAGCUAACACUGAUUUUGUUUUUCUAAUUAUAUAAUUCAAGAGAUUGAAUGUUGUGAUUGCCGAUUUAUUUAUAGUGCACACUCUCUGGCAGAGUCUGAAACAUGUAACCUUUUUUUUAUUUAUUUAAUUGUAUACAAAAGGAGAAAGGAUAUACAGUAUCAUCCUAGAGCAACUAAGUUGCAAAUUAAUUUUUGUAUAAAGAUAAUGAUGUAGAUUUGAGGCACAUCAAUUGUAUAAUAUGACCGUCAAAGUUUACAGUUUGUUAUAAUUAACACAAUUAAUUAAUGCAAAUAUUUGAUGUAAUCGAUUGACUAAUUUCAAUAAUCAGUUAGUGUACUUAAUGAGAUGUGUUUUAUAUUUACACCUCGGACAAUAUAGAAGAUUUCUAAAUUAUUUAUUGAUUUUAGUUUGUUUAAAAUAUCGUGCUUUAACUUAAAAAAUGUCUACUUUGCAUAAUGUUUGGUGGUUACACAAUUGAAAAAUUUUUUUUUUUGAUAAUUUCAUGUCAACUAUAUUUUAUUUUGAAAAUGAAACUCACGAAAAAAACAAUGAGUAUGCACAAAAAUGCACUUUAAACUUCAAAAGUUUAUCAUGACAGUUGAUUAUCUCCCCUUUAUCCCAUUUGUGUUAAUUAUAACAUUUUGUAGAUUCUGACAUGCAUGCAAGCCAUAUCAUCACAUUUGUAUUCACAUAACAUAUAUAUCACAUCAUAAUCUGUUGAUACCAAAUAGUUCAGCUUUUUAUGACAAUUCUAGCAUGUAGGAUAAAAAAAAAGAAUUUGUCAAAUUUUUACAACUCUAAGUAAAUUUAUAUAGUAAGACAUUUUGUAAAAAAAAAUCUGGCUGAAUAAAGUGUGCAUGAGUCCAUUAGGCUUAAUACAAGGCAAACCAAUUUUCAGAGUUGUUUUAAUUUAAAAAUAAGAAUAUUUUUUAUUGGGCAAUGCUUUUAUUAACGAAACCAAUAUCAAUGAUAUUUCAAAAUUAGAAAAAGUUUUUUGGAAACAAAAUCAUGCAAUUCAAAAGUUUUUUAAGCAUUUUAUUAUAUUCUUAUGCAGUGGUAAAAUGCCAAAUCAAUUUUCUUUCAAAUACCAGUUUAGUAUCCCUAAGAUGUUCUGUAAAAAGGAAGCUGUCCUUAUCUGUUUAUUUUAAUGAUACAACUUUGAUAUUCUAUCUGUCUAUCUGUUGUAUGUAAAUGUGUAUUUGUCCUUUGAUGUGAUGCACAUAUAGCAGUAACAUGUAUAAAUACCAUAACAUGCCUCCAUUUUGUAACAAAGUAACAUGUUUUCAUUAAUGAUGCCAUCAUGUCAUUUUUACAAUAAAUGCUAAACUGCA